AUGGUAAUCUCGGCUCGGGACUUUACAGUAGAUCGACUUGGCGCGUCGGCGCAGGUUUUGGAGCGCGCGACGCACCUCGCGGCGCCAAUCGCGUGCCUUCAGUGCGUAGCCUUCGCUAAAGGCGGGGAUCAUGUGGUGGUGACCGCAGGAGGAAGCGCAAUACGAGCGAUGCGGCUCCGAGAGGUGGUCGAGAUCGCGGAAAGCCGCGGUGGGCAAGGGGUGGAGCAGCGGGGAUGUGAAUGGACGCAGGGUGGUGUGAGUGAACACGGCGUCGAAGCCUUCCCAAUGAUUGCUGCAGGUGCAAAUGCCCCUGCCACAGGCAUGGAAGCUAUUGAAGAGUACCUUGCCGCUCUACAGUUGUGCAAGGAGAACGGGCACGAAUGUCGUGGGAACGAUGCGUCGGCGGAUCAAUCCGGCCUCAGAUGCUCAAAGCUGAUCCUUCAGACAGGCCAGGUGGCAUCGCUUGCGGUGUGUGCGUUACCAGAGGGAAUCUCCGCCUUUGGAGUUGCUGGCACAACUCAUGGAACGCUGUGCGUCUUUCUUAUGGAGGGAAGCGUUCUUUCUUUACUGAAUGAGCGUUCACUGGGUCCAUGCAGUGAGGGGCGCAUCAGCGCUGACGAUAUUGUAAAGGAUGUGGCGAUCAGCAUGGACCCUGCUGGGCGGCCCGAAUUCGUUGUAGCAGCCACUGAUAGAUGUAUGGUCCUUCUUGACGUGCUAGAUCUUGUUGAUGAAUCAGAAUCACCCAAUGUAAGUGAUACAAUUAUUCCCGAGGGUUGUGACACCGAGAAUCGAGCUACGCAUGCUAUAACCCGUGCUCAAGCGCCGUUUACCGCCGGGGCUGUGUGGCGGUGGCCGUCCACUGUUCAACGGGAUCGCAGCGAGCCGCUGUGCGUUACUUUUUCAAACACCGCGAGCGCGAGCCACAUCGGAGCCCCUUCUUCUCUGUGUGGUGAUGAGGUGAGCGAGAUUGUGCGCGUGUUGGUUCCGCAGCGCGCACACGCGGCGUUUGCUAUCGAUGUCGCGGCGGUGAUCGUGCUGGCGGACUCGACGGUUCGCUAUAUCGAGCGCCGCGUCUGCGGGGGGUCGUUCCCCCUACUGCUGGAAUACCACCAGGCUCUUCAGCACGCCGCAUCUCGGUCCACCGUGAUGGUGAAUGAGCUUCUGGGGGAGACCUCCCGAUUCUCGGGUUCUCAUUCCCCCAAUGCUGCGCCUCAGACGACGCUGCCGCACGUCAAGUUUGACUACCGCCUCUCUCUUCAGUCUUUCAAUGCCUACCAGUGCGCGGAUGGCUCGACGGCGGUGGGAAACUGGACAAAACCGGGAUGUAGACACGACCUCAGCUUGACAGUCAACGACGCGUCGCUUUUCUUCAACCCGAAGUCAGGGCGGAUGGAUUUGAUGAUGGUGGGAUGCCGACACGCCACCCACCAGCCCUACUCGAUUCCUGGGAGGGAGAUGGGCGGCAGCAGCCUCGCGAAGUCGCCACUGGGGGCUGCGGCGGAACCCGCUCGCGGUGCGUGGCGUGUUGGGUGGUGGGCCGUUGCCGGGAGCGUCGUUCUCACCCAACAGACGCUGUAUCCCUAUGUCUCCCCAUCCGUUUCCCUUCGGGGUAGGGCACAGGACCCCGACCACGCCCGGCCAACCAUCCAUGUCCAGUCCGCGAUCCUAAACACGGAUGGCUAUGAGGAUUUCACGUCGGUGUACGGAGCCCCGACAGCGAUCCGGCGCGGACGCCUCGAGCGGAGCCCCGCUGUCGGCGUCGACGCUAUCGCAAAGGUGCACGUCUUUCACCGGCUGGGCGAGCCUGCGGCGGUGCUCGUUGGCGGUGGCGGGCUCCUUUUUCUGCCCGGCCUCCCCGCCGCGGGCGAUCUCGUCGACGGCGUUCGCGCGGCCUCCGCUCCACGGACGCUUCAUCUCAGCAACGCUGUUAUAGAGGAUGUCGCCGUCGCGGAGGCCGGCGGGCACCCGGCGUGUGUGUUGUGUGCUGCUGGAUCCACACUGACGUUUCUUCCCAUAUAG